GCUUCCCAUUGGGUAGGAGGUGCCUUCCUCUUCCUCGGUGUUAAAAACAAGCAUCGAGUCUUUAGAGGGAGUUGUAGGAGCUGCAACAGGAGCGAAGAUUAGACAGUGAGCUGCUUUGGAAACCAUUUAGAAAAGAGAAUGUCCUGCUCGCCGGUAGCCGUAGUGACCGGCUCCAACAAAGGCAUCGGGUUUGCCAUCGUGCGGGCUCUGGGCAAGCAGUUCUCCGGGGAUGUGUACUUGACUGCCCGGGACGCUGAUCGGGGCAGGGCAGCGGUGGCAGAGCUGCAAGCAGAAGGGCUGAAGCCGCUUUUCCACCAGCUGGAUAUCAACGACCUGCAGAGUAUCCGAGCCCUGCGAGACUUCCUGAAGGAGAAGUACGGGGGCUUGAAUGUGCUUAUCAACAAUGCGGGGAUUGCUUUCAAAGUUGCAGAUACAACUCCAUUUGCUACACAAGCAGAAGUCACACUGAGAACAAACUUUUUUGCAACAAGGAAUGUUUGCACGGAGCUGCUACCACUACUGAAGCCUAAUGGCAGGGUUGUGAAUAUAUCCAGUAUCGUGAGUGUCCGAGCACUUGCCGGGUGCAGCCAAGACCUGCAGCAGAAGUUUCGCAGUGACACAAUCACAGAAGAGGAGCUUAUGAAACUCAUGGAGAAAUUUGUGGAGGACGCCAAAAAGGGAGUGCAUGAGAGGGAGGGCUGGCCAAAUACUGCUUAUGGGGUGUCUAAAAUCGGAGUGACAGUUUUGUCCAGAAUUCAAGCAAGACUACUAAAUGAGACAAGAAAAGCCGAUGGUAUUCUCCUGAAUGCCUGUUGUCCUGGGUGGGUUAGGACUGACAUGGCGGGUCCCAAAGCCCCCAAAACUCCUGAGGAGGGAGCAGAGACUCCAGUUUAUUUAGCCUUUUUGCCCCCUGGUGCUGAUAGACCUCAUGGCCAAUUUGUUAGUGAAAAGAAAGUACUGCCAUGGUAACUGUGCCUUUAGAUUUUUACAGGUACACACUGGAGAUCUUAGACCUCUUGCUCAAUCCAGAAAGAGCAAUCCAACUGCAGCCACAGGCUUCUGUAGCUUAAGUACACCACUCUGCAGUGCAGGGUGAGAAAGAUCCAAAUACAACAAUCUGAUAAAAUGUGUAGAACAUCAAAUGUUGCCUGUUUAAAACACCUGUGCAGACUCCUGUUCUGCUUAUGUGGCAGCUUUUUAAUCAGUGUCCAGAAUCUGAGUAAACACCUCCAGCUAUACUAAUUUUUCUUAAUGUGACUAUACCAAACCAUAAGUUAGAAAAAGUGCCAAUAUUGCUUUUUCUUUUGUUGUCAAUAUUGUUUUCUGUAAUGUAUGAAAUAAGACCUUGAAAACUUACAUGAAAAAAAUCUGUGAAAAUUGUAAAAUAAAAAUAUAAUCAUUUGA